GGAAAAUUCAUCCAAACAGAUGCACUGUCAGACUUCAUGUGACUUCCUGUAGCAGUUUAAGCAGUUUCAUUUACACUGAAAUGGAAACUGCCUACUCUCACUAACUCACAGGGACCAAAACAGCAGCACACCAACGAUGAUGAAGAUAUCAGGAAGAGUCACGAGUUGCUGUGUAGUUCUGUUCCUUGUCCUGACCUGUGUGUCAGCUGUACAAAGGCUCAAUUCAAUCAGCGAUUUGAAGAAAAUCAACUUUGGCCAAACUGUACCCAAGCACAGUCUUUUGCUGCUCCACUGGUUUGCCAACGCAGUUGACAUCGACCAUAACGACGUCAUCAGGCUGACAUUUGACCCGGACGGUGGAGAUUAUGGUUCACAUCAUUACGGCAACUAUGACACACUGCUGGACCCUUUGCCUCGAGGCUACCGGUACUUCACUGUUGGCAAUCUCUACCAAGAUACAUUUGUACAACUUCCAGAUUACGUUGUCAAUCCUCCAAGGCAGUACGUUGGAAGAAACAGAGACAGGAUCAUAAUAAGAGUCCGAGGCCAGUGGAUAGACCGGGUGUAUAUCACACAGCAUUAUGGCCAUCAGCAGUCACCUUAUGAUCCGGAUCAUACCUACCAGAUCACUACGAACCUCUUAAGACAGCUCAGAGAGUUUUCUGUGAGGGACAACCAAAUGCCACUGUUGUAUCUCAGGAACCGCUUUGGAAGUAACGCUGAUGAUUCCUACAUCAGAAACACAUGGGGUGACCUUGCUUGCCUUGGACUGCUGUUGUUUAUUGUGAUUGAGGAAAAGUACUCAUUUACCCAACAAAACAGACAAAACCAGCAGAAUGAUGAUGUUACUCGCACCCUCAUUGUUUUACUUUUUAUAUUCUUAUUGUGUUAUUUUGCUCACUUAAAGAAACUAGAUGAGAAGAAAUGAGGGGGAUCAAUGUUCCUGAAUGCUGCCUAAACCAGUGUUUCCCAACCUUUUUUGAGCCGCGGCACAUCUCGAACAUUAGAAAGGUCGCGGUGUGCCAUUGGGAAAAAAUGUUUCACAAAGAGAAGACUGAAGAGAAGACUGGACUGAAAACCUGCAGAACAGUGAAACAAAGGCUCUGUGGUCUGAUAAGGACAGUCUGCAUUGAUAAAGUAUGAGCAGGAGUGUAUUUUUCUCAUGGUUUUGUAUUCUUUGUAGUGUUAAAAAUUGUUGUGCGUUUGUUAAAACCACAUGUGUGUCAGUCAAACCCAUGUCAGCAUUUAUAUUUGAGGUUCAAGUCUAGAAUGAGUCUAUGCCUCACAGUUGUAGCCUCUGCCAACCACUCAAGUUGCACUUUACAUCCAUUUAUUUCCGGUCAUUAUAUUUGCAGUGAAGACUGAAGGUACUCAAUAAAAGGCAUCAAAAGUAGAUUUUGGUUGUCACUAUAUUUACAUUGUAUGAUUCCAGUGAAACAUUCCAAGUAAGAACCAUGCUGUCUUCACUUAAGAGACUAUUUUUACAGAGGACUGACAGAAGUCGUUGUCACAUGGUGUGAUCACUUGAAGCUCCUUGUUAGCAGAACCAAUGAGCAUGUCAUGGACUACAAUGCUUCAAACAUGGAUGUUUCUGCAAAGAAGCUUCAAAUUGUAAAACAUGGAUGCUUCACACACAUCUUCAACUUGGCAGCACUGAAGAUCUACACAGUCAGCACAGUUUCAAGGUGGGCGCCCAAGAUUAGGACUACCAACAAGUUACAGUGGACAGAAACGUGUUUUUGCGGAGCAUUAUGAUGUUGGAGUGAAGCUGACCUUUUGGACAUGCAAUGUCAUCACUUCAUCAUUUUACCCAUUAGACGUUUGUGAAAUGUUGUCAUAAUUAGCAUAGGAAUUCUUGGGUUCUAAAACAAAACAGUCUGUUGUUAGGUCACAGUGACAUUUAGUUAAAGUCUGAAGAAAUUCCCUCAAGAUUUUCCUGAAAGAUCACUUUUAGGAGACCGGGACAUAUGGACUUAUGGACGAGACGUGGCAUGAUAACAGGAAAUACUGAACAGAGACACUCAAUUAUACAAAUUUAAGUCAAAUACACACAAACAUAUAGCUAUGACAGACAUGUAGGGAAUGUGAUCUGAAACUAAUUUUUGAUAUAUGAAUACUGGCUAAUAAACCAGCCUCUACUACAAAUCUCCUUGUUCCUCACAUCGCAGUCCAAAGGACACACUUUGGGGGCCUGUUUACAAGGGACAGACAGCAGCUGCUGAUAUCUUCCUAUUUCAAGCUGAUUUACGAAAAAAAUAUUGCAGGAAUGAAAUGACAGCACAAUCAUACCCCUAAAGUUUUGUGAUUGCAGGUGGCAAUACAUGCUGAAAUGACAGCUGACAGCAACACAAAACAAUAAAAGACACUGGGCAAAAGGACGCACACCCUAAAAAUCAGCUGAUAUGAGUAUGAGAAGGGUGUGGAGGGGGUGAAUCAGGAGAAACCUCAUAAGAGUGAACAACAAUUUUAUUGACCCAAGCACAAUGACAAUAAUAAAUAUUAAGUCUCUGGCAAUUAGGUCCCAUUGUUGCAGCACCCCUCACUGUCAAAUAUCGACCAGUAGAGACUUUAGUUUCUGUCCUAAACCUCAGGUGAGUCACAGAAUAUGGGCUCACUUUAAAGAAUCAAUCCACCAAAAACUGCAAAUAAAAAUAACCAGCUUUCUGCACCUCAGCAGGCACAUAACUGUUAAAGAGAGAACUUGUUAUUGUUUCUUCUCCUGAAACAAUAAGAAGUUUCGUUCAGAGAAAUGCAUUGUGAAACUUCCUGCAAUCACAAGCAAUGCCAGUUUAGUUUCACUUACAAGGAAACGGUAGCUAAGUUACACCUUCUAUUACACACACAGCUCAGAUCAGACUGAUCAGAUGUCGGAUGGCAGCUGACGAAUGCAGGAUGAUGAAGAUAUCAGGAAGAGUCACGAGUUGCUGUGUAGUUCUGUUCCUUGUCCUGACCUGUGUGUCAGCUGUACAAAGGCUCAAUUCAAUCAGCGAUUUGAAGAAAAUCAACUUUGGCCAAACUGUACCCAAGCACAGUCUUUUGCUGCUCCACUGGUUUGCCAACGCAGUUGACAUCGACAAUAACGGUGUCAUCGGGCUGACAUUUGACCCAAAUAGUGAUUAUGGUUCACAUCAUUACGGCAACUAUGAGGAGCUGUUGGACCCUUUGCCUCGAGGCUACUGGUACUUCACUGUUGGCAAUCUCUAUCAAGGCACUGAUGAACUUCCAGAUUAUGUUGUCAACUCCCCACGGGAGUAUGUUGGAAGAAACAGAGACAGGAUCAUCAUAAGAGUCCGGGAGCAGAGGAUAGACCGGGUGUAUAUCACACAGCAUUAUGACACUUCUGAAGGUCAAGGGACAGCUUAUGAUCCAGAUCAUACCUACCAGAUCACUACGAACCUCUUAAGACAGCUCAGAGAGUUUUCUGUGAGGGACAACCAAAUGCCACUGUUGUAUCUCAGGAACCGCUUUGGAAGUAACGCUGAUGAUUCCUACAUCAGAAACACAUGGGGCAACCUUGCUUGCCUUGGACUGCUGUUGUUUAUUGUGAUCGAAGAAAAGUACUGCUCCAAUCAACGUAAUAACAGACUGCGGAAUAACAACAUAGCGGCAUACAGCAACAGACAAGUAAACAGCAACAGAUCAGUAAACAGCAACAGACCAGUGAACAGCAACAGACCAGUAAACAACAAUAUAUUAAUCAACAUCGAUCCAGAAACCAACAACACUCUGGAAUCCAUGAACAGUCAAGGAAACAGACAAGGUUGCCGAUGCAGUUGUGCUAUGGUAACCUGUGUUUUGUUCAUACUUUUUGUAUUUGUGUUAAUUUUAUGUUUGUGCGUUUAUUUUCUACGUAGAUAGAUAAGAACCUGAACCUUAACUGAAAAAGGAAUAACUGUGUUUGGAAAAGCUGCACUGGCACUGAAAAAAGAUCAAAGCUUCCAUUACAGAUUGAAUACUUGUAAUACAUGCACCCUGCACUUCCAAUUGUAUAAUUUCAUUUUAUUGAGAUACUUCUUUCAUUUUGCCGUUUCUCAAUGACAAAAAAUUGUUUUUUUAUUCAGGUCACCUUUUUUUUCCUCUGUUAGUUUUUUUUUUUUUUUUUUUUUUUUUUAAAUCUCUCAGUUUCUAUUUAGUGACAGCAUUUUUCAGUUUCAAUUCCCACUGUUUUAGUGCAAAGCUGAGAGGUUUGAGGUGAGGGGAAAGGAGAGUGCAAGUUCCAUACAAUCUGCAUACUAUGCAGACUGUUAUGACUCCAUAAGACACCUCAGGACCCUCAAACAACCGCCAGAGGCUCUUCUGUUGUUUGCUUUGUUUUGCAAUCAGACGUAUUUCAUCGUGUGCAAUAUUUGUAAAUGUUCUGGAAAGACUGUGAUGCAAGUUCAGUAUAACACGACUGUGAUUAAGGGUUGAAUUCUUUACAGUGAAAAAUGUGAAACAAUGUGCAAUCAAGGGCUGAGAGUCUUUAAGGCUUCAGUCCUACUGAGUCAGUCAAUGAACUUUAAAAAAAUAAAUAUGAAUUAAUUAAUGAAACAGAGGCUCCAUGGUCUGAUAAAGACAGCCUUUAGUGAUAAAGUAUUAACUAUAUAGAAAAAAAAACAGGAGUGAAUUCUACUUGUGAUUUUGUUUUCUUUUAAUAAUGUUGAAAACUGCAUUUAUUAAACUUAAGUGUCACACUCA